UUUUAUGAAAUGACCAGUCUGAGAAAUCGGUGACCAGCAUGAUGAGGUACAUUUGGUUCGUAAGCUACCAUAAUUCGACCCUUAUCAUCACCACAUUUGCUCUCGAAAAGUGUAUUGUGGUGUGGAAGCCAUUGAAACGAUCGACUCUGAUCACUCGCGGGAGAAGGAGGGUGGCUCUCCUUGGUAUUUUUGCAACAUCGUUAAUCAUGUGGACCAUAGGACCGAUCACACAUGAGGUCGUGGAUGACAACAGUCCAAUGAAGGUGUGUGUGUAUGAUCUUACAAAGAUGCCCCGGUGGUUGAUCGCCUUCUUCCAGCUUGAAGUACAAGUCGUUCAUACCCUCCCUUCCUUCAUUAUAAUGCUGAGCGGCAUUUUACUAAUCAUUGGUAUACAGCGAUCAAGAGACAGUGUAAAGACUAAUAGCCAGACAGGCCACAAGACGAGAAGAGCUGAAAGCCGCUGUCUCGUCAACCUGAUCGCCUUGACAAUCAACUUUCUGACCUUCAUCGGUCCGAACGUGAUCGCCUGGUGUGUCUAUAUCAUCCAGUAUUAUUCCUACGGAACAGCAGACCCUCUGGUUGUGAGUGUGGCCUGGUUGACAACGUCUUUGGUGCAGGGUAAUUACAGUUUGAACGUCGUGUUGUACAUGUGUUUCCUACCAUUCUUUCGGGAGGAACUUGCCAUCAUAGUCCGGGGUCGGUGCAAGCGGACAAAGAUUUAGCACACUAUUCUUUAAGUCUGUUGCUCUCCUCUCCAUGUUAUCCACAAACAUCUCGCCAUCCUGAUCGAAUUUGAAAAAAUCUUUCCCGGGAGAUUGGUUGAGAAUCCUGUCACAAUACAUGUAUAUGUACAUGUACUUAUCAGCAUGUGAAAAACAACUCAGCAGCUAAAAAAUGAUAUAUCGUAGAAGGAUUAUUAAGAGAUAUCAUGAUUCAACUAAAGUAGGAGCAAUUUGUAAAUCCAUAACCGUUUGGGAUGGAUUGUGAAG